AUGUCUGAACAAAAGAUCCAAUCCAACUUCUGGACCGAUUUCUUAAUGGGUGGUGUCUCCGCUGCAGUUUCCAAGACUGCAGCAGCUCCAAUUGAAAGAGUCAAGUUAUUAAUUCAAAACCAAGAUGAAAUGAUCAAGCAAGGCAGAUUAGCAAGAAAGUACGAUGGUAUUGUCGAAUGUUUCUCUAGAACUGCUAAGGACGAAGGUAUUGUUUCCUUCUGGAGAGGUAACACUGCUAACGUUAUCAGAUACUUCCCAACCCAAGCAUUAAACUUUGCUUUCAAGGAUAAGUUCAAGAAGAUGUUCGGUUUCAAGAAGGAAGAAGGUUACUGGAAAUGGUUCGCAGGUAACUUGGCAUCUGGUGGUUUAGCCGGUGGUACUUCUCUUUUAUUCGUUUACUCUUUAGAUUACGCUAGAACUAGAUUAGCUAACGAUGCAAAGGCUGCUAAGGGUAACGGUGAAAGACAAUUCAAUGGUUUAUUCGAUGUCUACAAGAAGACCAUUGCUUCCGAUGGUAUUGCAGGUUUAUACAGAGGUUUCUUGCCAUCUGUUGUCGGUAUUGUUGUCUACAGAGGUUUGUACUUUGGUUUGUUUGAUUCCUUAAAGCCAGUUCUUUUAACCGGUUCUUUAGAAAACAACUUCCUUGCAGCUUUCUUGUUAGGUUGGCUCGUCACCACCGGUGCUUCCACCGCUUCUUACCCAUUAGAUACCGUUAGAAGAAGAAUGAUGAUGACUUCUGGUCAAGCUGUCAAGUAUAAGGGUGCUUUCGAUGCUUUCUCCCAAAUUGUUGCUAAGGAAGGUGUCAAGUCCUUGUUCAAGGGUUGUGGUGCUAACAUUUUGAGAGGUGUUGCAGGUGCUGGUGUUAUUUCCAUGUACGACCAAUUACAAGUUAUCCUUUUCGGUAAGAAGUUCAAAUAA